AGGUGUCAGGAUGUCGCUGUCUAUUUCUCCAUGGAGGAGUGGGAGUAUUUAGAAGAACAUAAGGAUCUGUACAAGGACGUCAUGAUGGAGAAUCACCAGUCCCUCAUAUCACCGGAUGGAUCCAGUCAGAGAAAUCCACCAGAGAGAUGUCCCAGUCCUCUGUAUUCCCAGGACUGUCCACAGGAAAAGCACAAUGUCCCACUGGAUCAUCAAGAAAGUUCAGGUGGAACGACGAGUGAGCUCAAAAAACCCGGAUCGGUGUCCGUGAAUGGUAAAAAUGGGAUGAGAGUAUACCAUAAGAAUCUUCAUUUAUCUUCCUAUGAUAAAGCAGAAGAUAGCAAUAUCACACAAGCUAAUUCAAUAACUCCUAAUGUACCCUCAGUCCUUCAUAGCGGAGAUAUAUCCAAUGAUACCGCUGGUCACAAGAAGCCUUCAUCUAAUCAAUCACUGACUGGCAAAAGAAGAACUAAACACAAGUGUGGAAAAAUAUUUUCACAUGGGACACCUUUUAAGAAAAAAUCUAAUCUUUCUUUACAUGAGAGAAAUUGCAGAGAUAACAAGUUAUUUUCAUGCUCUGAAUGUGGAAAAUCUUUUACCAGGAAAUGUAUUCUAGUUGGGCAUCUGAGAACUCACAGAGGGGAGAAGCCGUAUUCAUGUUCAGAAUGUGGGAAAUCUUUUAUGUUGACAUGCUCUCGAAAGAAACAUCAGAGAACUCACACAAGAGCGAAGCCAUUUUCAUGUUCAGAAUGUCAGAAAUGUUUUAGUCAGAAAUCUGGUCUUGUGGCACAUUUAAGAAUUCAUACAGGGGAGAAGCCAUUUUCAUGUCCUGAAUGUGGUAAAUGUUUUAGUCAGAAAUCAUAUCUUGUGAAACAUCAAAAAAUCCACUUAGUGGAGAAGCCAUUUUCCUGUUCAGAAUGUCAGAAAUGUUUUACUCAGAAAUCUGUUCUUCUGACACAUCAGAAAACUCAUACUGGGGAGAAGCCAUUUUCAUGUUCAGAAUGUGGAAAAUGUUUUACACAACAACCACAUUUAAUUCGGCAUCUGAGAACUCACUCUGGUGAGAAGCCAUUCUCAUGUAUUGAAUGUGGAAUGUGUUUUACUUGUAAAUCAAGUCUGGUUAACCAUCAGACAAUUCACACAGGAGAGAAGCCGUUUCUGUGUCCUGAAUGUGGGAAGUGUUUUCGUGUGAAAUCAAAGCUUGUAGCACAUCAAAGAAUUCACACAGGAGAGGAGCCAUUUUUAUGCUCCAAAUGUGGAAAAUGUUUUAGUGAGAAAUCCGAUCUUGUGAAACAUCUCAGAAUCCACUUUGGGGAGAAGCCAAUUUCAUGUUCAGAAUGUCAGAAAUGUUUUACUCAGAAAUCUGAUCUUCUGAGACAUCAGAGAACUCACACAGGGGAGAAGCCAUUCUCCUGUCUUGAAUGUGGGAAAUGUUUUAGUCUAAAAUCACAUCUUGUUACUCAUCAGAAAACUCACACAGAAGAAAAACCAUUUUUAUGCUCGGAAUGUGGGAAGUGUUUUAGUCUGAAAUCAGUUUUUGUCAGACAUCAGAAAACUCACACAGGGGAGAAGCCAUUUUCAUGUUCAGAAUGUGGAAAAUGUUUUACCCAACAACCACAUUUAAUUCGGCAUCUGAGAACUCACUCUGGUGAGAAGCCAUUCUCAUGUAUUGAAUGUGGAAAGUGUUUUACUUGUAAAUUUAUUCUGGUUAGCCAUCAGACAAUUCACACAGGAGAGAAGCCGUUUCUGUGUCCUGAAUGUGGGAAGUGUUUUCGUAUGAAAUCAAUGCUUGUAGUACAUCAAAGAAUUCACACAGGAGAGAAGACAUUUUCAUGUUCAGAAUGUGGGAAAUGUUUUGGUCUGAAAUCACAACUUGUUGGACAUCAGAGAACUCACACAGGGGAGAAGCCAUAUUCAUGUACAGAAUGUCAGAAAUGUUUUAGUAAUCAAUCUGCUCUUGUGAAACAUUUAAGAAUGCAUACAGGGGAGAAGCCAUUUUCAUGUUCAGAAUGUCAGAAAUGUUUUAGUCAGAAAUCACAACUUGUUGGACAUCAGAGAACUCACACAGGGGAGAAGCCAUAUUCAUGUACAGAAUGUCAGAAAUGUUUUAGUAAUCAAUCUGCUCUUGUGAAACAUUUAAGAAUGCAUACAGGGGAGAAGCCAUUUUCAUGUCCUGAAUGUGGUAAAUGUUUUGGUCAGAAAGCAAAUCUUGUGAAACAUCUAAAAAUCCACUUAGGGGAGAAGCCAUUUUCAUGUUCAGAAUUUUAGAAUUGUUUUAGUCAUA